AUGCGCGGCAAGCGUGCCUUGAGGCGAGCAGUGAGGCUCGCGCUGGUGGCAGGCGUGGCAUGGUACCGAGGACAGAGGAUUACGCGUGCCUCAGCCGCGCAGUUGGUCACUCCAGAGACUGUCGCGGAGAUGGCCCAACUGCCACAUCGAGCUGAUGAUAGAGUACUGGUGAAGGUGAAGAGGGAUGAUGAGGAACAAGAGCAGCGAGCCACAUGGAAGCAGAGAGCACUGAAGGUGUGGAGUUUCAACGUGGAGUCGCUGCGUCGGGUGGGGAGGCUGGACGAGCUACUAGAGUUGGCUCGGAAGGAGAGCGUGGCCACCUUCACAAUGCAGGGCACGCAGAUGGAUCUGGGAAAGACAUGGAAGUCGGGUAGCUUUGAGGUGCACUCGCUGGCGAGGUCAGGGCGAGGGCAACGGGACGGAUGCGUCACGGCCAUCAAUCUCAAGUACUUCCAGAAGGGUGAGGUCAGAUGUGAGCACGCGUGGUUGGAAGGGCAGCUGCAAGGAGUACGGUUACGCAGGGUAAGCAAGAAGAGGUUCGAGCGGGACAUCUACGUGCUGAAUGCAUACGCCCCCACUAACGAGGCGGGCCAUGUGCCCAAAGGAGCUGAAGCUAUGGAGUAUAGAGAGAACCACCUGGAGGCGGGAGACUUGUUCUGGCAGGUGUGUCGCCGAGCAGUUGGCCAAGUCCCAGCAAGGGCGUCGCUCAUUGUCACGCUGGACGCCAAUGCACACGAAUGGCCCAAUAUCAAUGCUAACGGCCACGCGCUGAUGGAGCUCAUGGAGGACUACGGGCUGAUGGCGCUGAACACGGCUGAUCUACCUCUGAACCUGGGCGGCUACAGGGACCACAGGCCAUUGGAGUCACGCAUCUUUGCGGGUGUGAAGGCGGCAAAGACAGUGAAAGAAGCAGGCAAAUUUCGAUGGCGGAGGGAGCUCAUGAGUGCAGACUUGUUGAAGGCGCAGCAGGCUGAGGAGGAUGCGGACAACUUGGUCAGGCUCCCCGACCGCGCGCUCAACUUCAGGCUUAAAGUCUUGGAGGGACUGGAGGCAAAGGGGCUGCAGGAAGACUGGGCUGACACUUGUGGGGCGGGCGUGCCCUACGAGUCCCCAUCGGAGUACUUCAACGAGCUGGAAGGAGUUGUGAUUGAGGCGGCGAUGCAGGACUACAUAUCACCACCAGUGGCGGGGAAGAGGAUAGGCGCAGUGUUCAGUGAGGAGACGGUGAAGUUGAUUAGGUCGAAGCAGUGCUGGCAGUAUCAACUGGCCGCCCCUCCUGACGGAGCUCGGUGGCUGUUGGCGCAUUGUCAGUCCAGGUUCGACGCGGUGGCGAAGUUGGUGUGCGACGGUCAGGCGAUGGAACUGGACGGCAGACCCAUCCAGGCAGGCAGGAAUACGCGCGACGACGACAGGAUUGGCAGCUACGGCAUGGGGGCGGUGAAGGAGAGCAUCAUGGUCUUUAACGCGGCUCAGUCUCGGGGUGACGCCCCACAGAGGUUCAAGGACGGAGAAACCAUGCAGCUGCGCAAGCCCAAGGGAGAUGGUUGCUCGGCGCCGAGGGACUAUCGCACCAUCAACCUGAUCAGCCAUGUGGGGAAGGCGUAUGCCAAGGCAUUCGACGGGGUGGUCAGGGAAAACAUGUGGAGAAGCCUGGAGGCGCUUGAAGUUCGGUGGGAUGCCCGAGUGACUUUGGAGGAGCUCCAUGAAGGCAUGUGCUACCUGUUCCGUGACGUUACCACUCAUGAGCCUGUCGCGCGGAUUUGGGUCAAUCAAGGAGGUAUGCGCGUUAACACCAGGAAGACGGAGAUGUUGCUCACGCCGACUGGAGUUGGGAGCAAGAGAAGGUUGAAGGAUAUUCGUGCGCAGAGCACAGGCAUUGUGACGUGGGAAGGGGAUGACUGUUUCCCGCUGCGCCCACAACAGACGGUCAAGUACUUGGGGGCGCAGCUGGCGGCGACGGGUACACGCCACGUGGAGGCCACCAACCGUGUCAGGGCCGCCAACUCCACCCAUGCGCGCUUGCUGCGCCGUGCAUGCAAGAGCGGGUUUAGCCCCAAGUUGAAGAUCAUAGUAUGGAAGGCAUUGGUACGUUCGGUGUGCUUAUACUGCUUGGAGAUCGCCAACCUCGCCAAGAGGGAGUUCAACAGGCUGGAGAGCUGGCAGGUGAGAAAACUUCGAGGACGAUUGAAUUCGCCAGCUCACCUGUACAAGAAGACCAAUCGUGAGAUCAGGAAGCAGGCCCGUGCUCCGACGGUUGCGAGCACGUUGUUGCUACGGAGACUGAGGUUGGCCAUGGGGGAGCAGUCGGGCCUGCCGACGCUGCUGCUGGAGGACAUGCGGCAGAUGUGGCAGACUGUGGACGCGCAGGAGAAGCUCGCGGCCCGUCGGCUUGUUCUGUUGCAUGGCGACUCUCCUGGGCUGGCUGAGCCUUGGCUGCGCUGGCUCGCCUUCCUUGAGCCGCGCAGUUUCCGCCGUGUGCUGACUUGCGGCGGUGAGAGGGACACUGUGACUGACACGGCAGCCAUCGUGGCUGGAGUGCUCAAGCUAGACAUUCAGAACCACCAGAGCUUGCUGCCCCUGCAGUGCCUGCACCUGCUGCGGUGGGCGAUGUUCAAGCCGAUAGGCGAGGCGCAAGUGACGGCGGGCAGCAACGAGAGCAAGAGGACGGCGGCAGAGGCAGGGGUCGUGGGCGACCAGCCCGACGUGGUGGGCCUUUUGGCCAAGGCGCUGGCGCGGCUGGCCUUGCAGCGCGAGGAUAUGGCGAGGUCGGCGCACAGGGGCGACAACUUCGUGAUCCCGCUCAAGCCGACGCAGAAGAUGGCGACCGCGCUGGGCCAGGCUCUGGCGUACUACGAGGAAGAGGGCACCAAGGCCAAGGAGAAGGCGAAGGAGAAGCAGGAGGAGUUCAUGGGCAACCCACUCGGCAAGCGCCCCGACGCGCUGGCGAGGGCAGUUAUGUUCCGCAUGUCGGAGGCCGUAGAGGACAAGAAAGAUGCAGUGCUGGCGGCCGUGGAACAGGGCAUCGAACCGCAGGCCGCCAAGGCCGCGCUGGACGAACUCUUGAAGGUUGGGAAGAUGGUGCAGGACCCGCAGAUGAAGUUCGCGGCGACGAGGUGUUUCAAAGUGAAGAGCAAGAACGACGAGGAGGGCCUAAAGGCAAGAGAGUGCAAAUGGAUCUUUGCGGUGAACUACUACCCAGGGCUGAAGGAGUCGCUGAAUCUGCUGAGGCGCAAUGGCGCACUGGCCGCUGUUGGGGCGGGUCUCCAGUGCGACGUCGCGACGAGGUCCAAGGCGGCGAAGGAAGCGGAGUCGUUGGCGUUCAAGGGCGGCAAGGGUACGCAGACGAGCAGGAGCAAGAAGCUCAGGCAGUCGAGCCCGGGCGACGAGGUGUCGCCCGACUUCCUUUUUGCGCUGCGCACGCUGGGGCAGCCGCUCCCCCUGGUCCACGAGACCUACGGCGAGGGGAUGUUUGCGUGGCGGCGGGACGUCCUGACGCAGCUCCCCGCCGACUGGUACCGGGAGUUCAAGAGGCUCAUGUACGAGGCCACGGCGUCUGGCACAUCGGCGGAGACCCACAGCAAGAAUCCCGACAGAGGCUACACCCGCAACGACGUCAAGCACCACGACGACGCCAUGAUGGCGAUCUUGCCGUUGCUGUUCAGCAGGGCGGCUCCUGUGAAGCAGGAUUUCCCAGCGUGGCUCGUGUCUCCGAGCACCCUGGAUUUGUUCGAUACGGUCGAGAACAUGUUCAGAUUUUACGAGCCAGGGCCGCACCCGGACUCGACGCUCAUCCCGACCCAUGCGGCAGGAGAUCCAGGCUGCGAGUGUCCACCAGAUGCGCUCGGGUGGUAUCCCCAGCGCGGUCGGUGUCAUUGUCUGCUGGCUUCGCAGCCAGCUGCGAAGAGUGGUCGCUGGGUGAAGGUCGUGAGGAUGGACACCGUGCGCAGUGCACUGCAGCUGACGGUCCUCGCGGGGAACCCCGGGCCAGGCAUGGCGAAGCCGAUGGCCGCGACCGCCACGCUCGCGGGCUGCAUCGGCAAGGGCGCCGCCUUCGCGCCCGGCGCCCGCGCAGGCGACGCGCCCCUGCGCGGCGCCGGGGCCCCGAGCGGUGUUGCCGACGUCGGCCCCGGCGCUGCGCCUCCGCCGCGCUCCACGGCGACCACCGCCGUGGCGGCCGUGGCGGUGGCCGUGGCGGGGGCGGCGCUGACCCGCACGCGCCGGGGCGGCAAGCAGUCCGCGGUGGCGUGCCGCGCGGAGCUCACGGAGAUCCCUUACGGCGCCGCCCGCGUCGCAGCGAACCCGGUGGGCGGCAUGGUGGGCGCACCGUCCGAGGCCGAGCGCUUCCUCAUCGGCGGGGACGAGAUCUACGACCCUCUCAACAUCGCCGCCAGGUGUCCGCAGUACCUGCCCUGGUUCCGGGAGGCCGAGCUGAAGCACGGGGACACGCCCGACUUACUGCCAGACUUCGUGCGCAUCCCCGCCUCCGGAGACGUCGCUGGCUGCUACGAGGCCUCAUCGACGGUCGCCGCCCACAACGCUUGCGUGGCGGGGAGCGCCAACGGGCUCGGCGGGCCCCUCUUCCAGGUCUUUGCGUUCUGCGGCUUCUUCGAGAUGCUGACCACCUACCCGAAGUUCUGCAAGACCGGCAACGAGGUGACCAUCGAGAACGCUGGCGACUACAAAUUGGGGAUCAAUUUCCUUCCCGCCGAGACGGCGGCCGCCAACGAUCUGAAGCUGAAGGAGCUCAAGAACGGGCGCCUCGCGAUGCUGGCCUUCAGCGGCGCCAUCACGCAGGCCGUCGCCACAGGCAGCGGCUUCCCCUGGCUGGGCGCCGAGACUCCCGCUGGCGCCGUGGCGACGGAGAAGGCCAGCAGCGGCUUCGGCGCCAGCGUGAGGCCCGCCGCUGGGGCCCUGGCCAGGGGCGCCCGCCGCGUGGCCAUGCGCGCGGGGCCCGAGGGCGGGUACAAGAUGAGCAAGGCUGUGCCCUUCCUGCCGGCGUCCCCGGCACUGGAGGGCUACGUCGGCGAGGAGGACGGCUUCGACCCGAUCGGCAUGUCUCUCGCCUGGGACAUCCGCUGGCUGCGCGAGGCCGAGCUGAAGCACGGUCGCGUGGCGAUGCUGGCUGUGGUCGGCUGGAUCACCACGGACCUGGGAUUCCGCGUCCCUGGCGAGCCCUUCGCAAAUUUAUCGACCCUCGAUGCGCACGACGCCAUGGUCAAGUUCGGUUCCAUGCCGCAGAUGCUUUGCUGGGCUGGCUACUUCGAAGCCUUCGGCUUCCUGGCGAUCAUCAACGCGAUGGAGGGCAAGACCGACCGCAAGCCGGGCGAUUUCGGCAUCCGCACCUGGUACCCCAAGGACGAGAAGGGCCAGUACGAGAUGCAGCUGAAGGAGCUGCGGAACGGCCGGCUGGCCAUGCUGGCUUUCGGCGGCAUCGCCACCGCGGGCGCCUUCUCCGGCAAGACCUGGCCCUUCUUCGGCGUCGACGUCUUCGCGGAGGGCUCCACGCUCCGCGCGGCCUCCGCUGCGGGCACGAGGUCGUCGUUCUGCGGGGCCUCGAGAGCGCCGCAGCGCAGCAGGACCAGCGCGGUGGCUGCCCGCGCCGAGGUAAGCCGCAGCUUGCCCUUCAUGCCCAAACCCCAGAACCUCGCCGGGUACGUCGGAGAGGAGCAGGAGUUCGACCCGCUCGGCUUCUCUGACACCUUCGACAUGAAAUGGCUGCGCGAGUCGGAACUCAAGCACGGCCGCGUCUGCAUGCUGGCGACUGUCGGCUUCGCCACCCAGCAGUACGCCACGUUCCCCGGCAUGGCGCCCACGGAGAACGCCCUGAACGCAGUCUACACCGAGACCAACGGCCUCAUCACUCUCAUCUUCCUCGCCGGCUACAUCGAGAGCCAGACCUACAACGGGAAGGUCACGAUGCUGGACAUGUUCGAGGGCGAGGGGGACAAGGUGCCCGGAGACUUCAAUUUCGGCAGUGGCUUCCUGAAGGGCAAGACCGACAAGGAGGUCUACGACAUGAAAUUGAAGGAGCUGAACAAUGGCCGGCUGGCGAUGCUGGCCUUUGGCGGCAUGGUGCACCACAACCUGGUCGUCAACGGGCCCCUCUUCCCCAUCUUCCCCGACGGAUGGGCGGGCCCGCAGGGCACCUGGACGGUCAACGGCUUCCCCAUCGAGAGCAUGGCGAGCAGGCUGGUCGAGGAGGGCGGCGGCAAUUCCCCCAUCGGCUUGCAGAACCUCUUCUGA